AUGAUUGCCGCCCUGAGUGUGGCCUAUGUCAUGAACAAAAUCAUGGACCACGAUGUCUAUGACUCUGACGACGCGCGCGCGACCACCCCUCCCCUCAAACAGUCCCUUGUCGACCUCCGUCCCUACCAGAGCCCGCCCCCGCCCUUUCUUCCCGACAAGAGCGAGAGCCCAAAGGGAAAAGAAAGUCCCUCUGGACGUGUCCGUAAGGAUUCUCAUCGGCGCGGGAAGCGGCGUAGAACGUCCAUUGGAAUCGGGCUAAUAAUCGGAAACCUAGCGCCCGACCGACCAGAUCUUGUGGCACAGCUCAACCAGGCGCCGUUAUUAUCGGACUCAGCCUCCGAAAUCAGCGACGCCGACGAUGGAAUCGACCAGAGGAGGCGUAAGCAGGGUUCGGAGGAGCACAGGCGCAACUCUCAGGUUUAUAGCCCGAAAAUGAGAGCGAACGGCGCCAAUGCCCCUCCCCGUGAACAAACUUGGCCGCUGCCGAACGAGACGGCAACGCUGAAGAAAGGCCAGAGUUUUAACGACCAUGACCGAAUUCCGUACCGUAUUCCAAUGACCCAGCCAUCGUACCCUCUGCCUAUACAUCCUUCUCAUAAUGAUAAUCGAGACUUGACGGGAGGCUUGAUGAAACGACCCGAAGAACUUGUACAUCGGGAUCAACAACGUUCUCAGUUUUCUCGAGGUGACCUUGGAUCCCCCACUCUCCCUGCCUUGCAAUCUCCUCCCCAAUCAAUUGGGUCCCCAGAUUCUGCGAGAAAUCUACCAUCGAUCAAAGCCCUUGUGGAAGGCUCUUUGAACGAACCGGUACGACUGAAUGGGUCUAAACAGUCUCAUUUUCCCAUCUUGGGAACGCUGGAACCCCAAUACAUGCAGCCGCAUUUUCCUCGCACCUCCUCUUUUACCCAUCUCUCCCCCGCCAGUUCUAAAGAUGUAUCAAGCCACGCCUCUACACCAGCAGCCGGUGUUCCUCAAGGAUCUUUCUGGCCUGCACAGCUGAAGUCACAAUCGCAGUCGCAGUCGCAGUCUCCGGGUGAUACCGGUUCUCACCUCGUGGGAAGCCCUGCCAAUGGAUAUCCAACACCAGUGGAGCCUAGGAAGGAUGAGCCAGAAGAUGCUGCCGGGCUCAACAAACGAGUCAAGCCACCUGUGGCCCAAAAUCUUGGUGGGUUUAAAUGCACCCAUCCUGGCUGUACUGCAGACCCUUUUCAAACUCAAUAUUUAUUAAAGUAA